CUCAUCGUCCCAAUGGCUGAGGGCGAGCGCGCUGGUGGAGUGCAGAGCGAUCUGGAGAAGGAAUUGACGUGCUCGGUAAGUCGAGGUUCAUGUUUCGGAGGUGUGCGGAGGGGCAAGGCGAGGCGGUCUGAGAACGCCGCGACUACGGUGAUGAGCCAGAGGUGUUGCGGGUAGCUGCGCAAGAGGUGAUUAGCUGCCUAGAUUUGUACGGAUCUUCUCUUCCAACCGCUUACCCUCCUCGACUGCCUGCACACCUUCUGCGGCGCGUGUCUGAAAGAAUGGUUCGCCUUCCAGGCUUCGGCUGCAACCUCGAUACAUCCGUAUACAUGCCCAUCAUGUCGCGCCUCGGUGCGCACGACGCAGCCCAACGCCAUGUCCACCUCGCUCCUCGACAUAUUCCUCAAAGGGAAUCCAGGGAGAGGGAAAACCGAGGAGGAAAAACAGGCUGAUCGAGAGAGGUACAAGCCUGGAGAUGUUGUGCUGCCAAAGCUCAGGCGGCGGGGAGAGCGCGAUGAUGAUGAGCGCAGGAUGCUGGAAGAUGUACAGGCGCAGAGUCUGAGAGACGUGGGCAUACCAAACGGGAGCAGCAGAAGUCUGGAGUUGCCUAGGGAGCGAAGGAGGAGGGAAAGGAGCCGUGAAGGGAGCAGGGAGUCACGGAGGAGUCGCGAUGAAAGGCAACCAACGAGUCGUAAUGCACCAGGAGCCUCGCCGGAAAGGGCUGUCAUUCCUUCCAGGGUCAUCGAGCACCAGUCGAGCCUACGUUCUCUACUCAGUGCGUCAGACCUCGACUCGAUUGACGUUGACGAAGACCUUGUGCGUCAAGUCCUGGAGGAGCUGAUGGCUGAGGGCGUCGACCUGAACGACAUAGGCACUGCCCAAGAAGAAGAGAUCACAGAGAGGAUCGCCGAAGCUGUGCGCAGACGUCAGGCAGACAGGCAGGCAGAACGUCAUCGAGAAAGGCGGGAAAGAAGAGAAAGACUAGCAAGAGAAGGAUUGACCAGUUCAUCUUCAUCAUCGUUACCUCCGCCAAUUCGCAGCCCUCUUACGCGUGACGAGGAGGCCUCACACAGGAGGGGUCUGGUACGAACAGGGAGUGGAACAUCGACUCCUCUGAACGUCCCGGGGCCUCCCAUCUCUCGACCGGGUCUCAUUGAUGCUGCAAACCGUGGUGGUCGACUGCACCACCAACGAUCCUCGAGUCUGGGGAGUUCGCGAUCAACGAGACGAUUGGAACGCCCGCCAACUCUCUCCACCACCUCGGCUAGACACAGCGAUCCUGAUCUGGAACGGCCAUCACCCAUUCGUCGUCAGUCUGAUAAUCAACAAAGAAGCGCACUCGACGCGCGACAACAUUUUCGCAACAGUAUCCAGACUGUCAUGGCGUCUUCUGUACCCAACUCGCCACGCAACUCUCACUUUGAGAUACCGAAUAGUAGCCCGACUAGUUCUUUGGCUGUGGUAAACUCUCCAUUACUCUCGCCUUCGGCCACUUCUACGGUCAUACCCUCUCAACCCCAGACGCUGCGUCGUACUACUGAACCAAGUGGAACGAGACGACCUCGAUCUUUCGCCAAUGGAACACCUCCUCUGGCAUCGCCACCUACUUUUUCUCGCGCUACAACAGAUCCAGCCGCCAACGAAAUUCAUCCAAGGCAGUCUGCUGGAUCCGUACAUAUGCCUCCUGUUUUGUACACAGAACCGCGGAUAUCGUGCAAUUCAUGCGGCAAAGAUCAUAUCGAGCACGAGCUUCAUUACAAUUGCUCACGAUGCGAUGAUGGUAACUACAAUAUCUGCCUACGAUGUUAUCGUCUCCGCAAAGGAUGCAAGUAUUGGUUUGGUUUCGGGUGGAACGCGUGGCAAACCUACGAGCAGAGGACUCCAGCUGGCGGUUACCCUCCAAACCACGAGCAUCCCCAUAUUCUUAUCGGACAUCGGUAUCGAAGACCCCUGGUGGAGUUGAGUCAAUCCACAAAUCCAUCGCGAGACCUCAUGAGCGAAGAAGACCCCAAGAACAGACUAGAGGCAGGCGUCUUCUGCGACAUGUGCAAAGCUUACGCCAACGCCUGCUACUGGAAGUGUGACUAUUGCAACGAAGGCGACUGGGGCUUCUGCAACAGCUGUGUGAAUCAAGGCCGACACUGCACACAUCCCCUUCUUCCCAUAGCUCACCAGGUACCUCAGCAAAAGCCAGAUGUCACAGCAUCUGCACCUUCGACACCUGGUCUCGCGUCACCAGACCGCGCCAUGGAACCCACAUCACCCCCCGUGACACCCCAAUCUGCAUCUCUUGUUCGCGGACCCGACCACAUCACAAUAGCCAACUCUAUCUUCCGACCUCUCACAUUCACGACUCUUUGCAACGUGUGCAGAUACCCCAUCCCGCCCUCCCACACACGAUACCAUUGUCUGCAAUGCAACACAGGCGACUACGACAUGUGCACAGGCUGCUACCACAAACUCGUCCUGUCAUCUCGCAUCUCGAAAGAAGACGGUAUGAACGGGUGGCGCAAGUGCUUGCGCGGGCACCGUAUGGUGAUUGUCGGCUUCGAAGACCGCGACGGCGGGCAGAGACGCGUAGUCGUACGUGAUCUUGUUGGCGGAUGGGCGCUCAAAGACGGCGAUUCCAGUGCUGGGAAUAUGCAACGUUUGCCGCCAGACGGGGGUGAGGGGUUGAAGGUCAGGGCCAGAUGGGGAUAUUGGCCUGACGAGGGAGUUGAGGACGAAUUGGCGUUUCCGAAGUUUGCGGAGAUCAGGGAGGCCGCGGAUGUCAAUGGGGAUUGGUUCUGGGGCGUGUAUUGCGGGGCGAAAGGAUUGUUCCCUGCCAACUAUGUGGUGCCUGCUUGAGCACGCGGAUGUGUUGGAGGCUUUUGAGACUCAUAAGAGAUAUGGACUGCGCUGGUUUGUGGGAUGUAUAUGUGGUGCUUUGGCACGAUAAUUUCUGGGCUGCAGCCAACUUCUCGCAAGAUGUGUAAGCAGGAUAUAUACAUGGACGAUAAGCGACGAGGAAUAUGAUAAACCCCAUCUACCGCA